AUGAGCGGUCUCGCGACUCCGGAUCACAGCGACGUCAUGCUCUCGACCGUUCUCGCUUAUGUUUACGACGCAAACGGUUGUCGCAGAGCAUGCCGUGUCUUAUUAGAUUCGGGCUCUCAGAUUAACUUUAUCUCGCGGCACCUCGCAGACCCUCUCGAUAUCAAAACACGUUCCUCGGACAUUUCAAUUUCGGGAAUAAACAAUGUUACCACGCGAGCCUUCCAAGCGGCUGAAAUACGGCUGCACUCGCGCACGAAUUCUUUCAGCAUUCUAGUCGAUUGCAUUGUUACCGAACAUGUAACCGGCAAACUUCCGGCUUUCACGCUUAAAAGAAAUGCCUUCGAAAUACCGGCUAAUCUCGAAUUAGCCGAUCCGCAGUUCCACGUCUCGUCUGAGAUAGACGUUUUAAUCGGCGCGGAACAUUUUUGGAGCUUGCUCUGUAUCGGUCAAAUCAAGGCAACGCCCUCACAUCCUACCUUACAGAAGACACGCUUCGGGUGGAUAUUGGCGGGUCGAUUGCACACUGCACCGAAAGCAGCUUCACAUGUGCACUCUCUUCAUGCUUCAAUAAGCAACAAGCAGUUGCACGAGCAAUUAUCUCGUUUUUGGGACGUAGAGAACAUCUCGGCGGUUUCCAAUCAUUAUACCUCAGAGGAAGCUCACUGUGAGCGACAUUUUUUAGAAAACAUGACUCGAACCGAUCAAGACAAAUUCAUUGUCAAACUUCCCUUUAAAGAGUCCGAGCCUGACGCUUUCGUUAACUCUAGGGAGAUCGCCUUAAAACGCCUCGGUGGCAUUGAAAGGCGUCUUAGCCGCGACUCGGAAUUAAAAACGCGAUAUUCGCAAUUCAUAAAUGAAUACAAUACACUAGGUCAUAUGAAAUUAAUUUCCGACCCCCCCGAGGAUCCAAAGUCCUUCUACUUACCGCAUCAUUGCAUCGUUAAGGCACUCGCCGCCAAUAAAUUUCGCGUUGUCUUCGACGCCUCCGCCAAGGACGCGGCUGGCAUAUCAUUGAACGACACGCUUAUGGUCGGUCCUACCGUACAGCAAGAUCUAUUUACUAUACUGUUGCGAUUUCGUACACAUCGUUUCGCAUUUUCGGCCGAUAUCGUUAAAAUGUAUCGCCAAAUUCUAGUGCAUCCGUCACAAACACGCUAUCAGCGCAUUCUUUGGCGAGAUGAUUUCACUUCUACAGUGGCAACAUACGAGCUUUCCACCGUAACAUACGGUAGGUACGGUAGGUGCAAUCCCCAAUAA